AUGAGGAGAACUAUGGAGAGAAAGUUGUCCACUUUGGGGUCCAAGGCUGGUACAAAAAUGGAUGUGGUCUUCAGCUUCCUAGUUGCAACCACAAUAUCAAGUUGGGUGGCAACUUGUUUAGUUGCAAAUGAUCUCAAGGGUGAAAAGGUGUCAUUGGUUAUAAUAAACACUAUUUUCGUGGUCUACUUUGUGGUGUGUCUCAAGAAGCUCCAAUACCCCAACCUCAACCAAGAUGAUGAAGAAAUAGCUACAACUUGGCCAAGACGCAAAGCAGUGCUCAAGGAAUCUGUGAAGAAGUUGGCAUAUGUGAUCUUCUCUAUUCUUGACAAUGAAUGCAAUCUUCUUCUCCAUCUCCAUCUACUUCUCUAUAGUUGUUGGAUUGGUGUUUUGGGGGAUUCAUGA